AUGUAUGUCACAGAACUUGAGUCAAUGAUACCUGAUAUCGCACAAAGGUACACUAAUAUUCAUGAAGAAUCUUUAGCGUUGGCACUGGAAGUAAGUAACAUCAAUAUUAGUAAUUACAAUUGUGAUAUUAACAACAACCAGACUAACGAUUAUGAAAGCAUUGAUGAAUUAAGUGAUGACACCAUGAGUGAUGAUUUAGACAGCUGUGGAAUCCAUGAUUUUAAGAGUGCAGAUACUAACGUUGAUAGUAUUAAACCAGAGAUUCAUAAGAUUCAUAGAGCUAAUAAUUUUAAAAAUCUUAGUAAAAACAAGAUGGUGACACCUAUUCUGUGUAAGAGAAAAUGGGAAGUAAUUACUGUUGAUACAAGCAUUCAUCUAUUUAUUGAGCCUUAUAGCAAGUUAAUGUUUAGUUUGCAGGAGCAUCAUGUAGAAGAGGACUCACAGCGCGCGUGUCAUCUAAUUGAAAUGCUAAAAUGUAUUGUUGCAGAUGCUCUACAAGAUCAUGCAGAUCAAAGACUUCAUUUUGCUGCAACAACACUCAAAGCAUUAAAAAAGAAAGAGAAACUUGGCAACAAGAAUAUUGGCUGGUUAACAUUUCCUGUAUUCUUUGAAGAUCUUUUUAAGAAAAAAUCGAAUUAUUAUGACCUCGAUGUUAUUACUGUUGUUACAGUUAUAUCAGCAGUUUUUUUAUACAAACCUACUCCAUUCUGUGGUCUAGGAAAAUUUGAGCGAAAUAGGUUCGAAUGCCAUAAAGACAACAUCGUAGCUAUUGCAAAAACUACUUAUAAAUUUAAUAGGAUUUUGUCUUUGGCACAUGAUCCGUCAGAAGAUGAAGUCAAUCAAGUUCAAUUACAUAUUGGAUUAGUAAAUGCAAUGACAAUUCAUCUUA